CGCAAGACAACAAAAACACAGCCUUCUCCAACUUGGCAUCAUGCACUAUUAGCUAGCUAGCAAGGAGCAAGCACUUCUCGAUCUCUUCUCGUGUACUACUACUAGUAGUAGCUAGUAGCACCGGGCCAUGGACGCCGCCGCCAUGGACCGUAUGGCCAAGCACUACUGGGCUAUGUGGGGCGCUACUGCCAGCGGCGCCGCCGUUAGAUCCGCCUGGCCGCCGGCGCAUGGCGAGCCGUCGUGGGAGGAGCAGGCGUUCGCGCAGGACGCAGCGGGGCACCUCGGUGGCUGCGUCUGGCCGCCCCGCUCCUACACGUGCAGCUUCUGCCGGCGAGAGUUCCGGUCGGCGCAGGCGCUCGGUGGGCACAUGAACGUGCACCGCCGCGACCGCGCUCGGCUCCGGCAGUGCGCGUCCUCCCCGGAACCCGCGGAUCGCGAAGACGACCUGCAGGUCCAGCUGCAACAACCAGUCGUCAGCCUCUGCGCGCCGCCGCCUCCUGUUUCAGCUGAUCAUCAAUUACCGGCGGUUGGAAAUCACUCUCCCUUGCUACGACUCUCCAGCCCUAAUUCCACAGCCGGUGAUUCAGUUCAUCAUCAGGAUCAGCAGCAGCUGCGGGCGGCCAUAGCAACAACUUAUAACUCUUCUUCUGCUUCGUCUCCGAAUUCCUGCAUAGCAACCAUCAUCAAGGAGAGCAGGAACAAGGCAAGGUUGUUCACCACCAUGCCUCCUCCUCCUGCUGCUGCUGCUGCUGCUGCAACAACAUUCGGAUUAGGAUUAGGAGGUGACUAUGUGAAGGAGAAAGAGGAUGAUGAGAACUCUUUGGAGGAGAGGAAGAGGAAGCGAAGGCGUGUGGACGAGGCGCUGACUCCAACGGCAGCCGAGGGAGAGGGGCGCCGGCGAGAAGCUGAUCAUCCAGAUCAAGAUGCAAACAAGGUAAUCACAAGCAGCCCAGCCCCAGCUAGCUCCAGUAGUGCAUCAGCCGCGCUACUUGUUCAUCAUCGUCUGGCCAUAGUAGGCCGACAAGAAGUAGAUCUGGAGCUUAGGCUUGGGACUAGCCCGGCCUAAAUUAAACUCCACAAUACACUCUUCAAGUUUUGUUGUUUCGUGCCGUUAUAAUUCGAUCUGAUCACCAUGUUUGAGUGUGUACAUGUGCUCGGUCGAUCUAUCUUGCCCCAGUUCAACUCUCUUCGCUUCAAUUUCUCCUCUUUCCCUUCCCCUUUGUCUGAUCUGGUUCUUAAUUUCCUGAUUGUUCUUGCAAGAUUCAAUCGGAAUUAUAAUUGUACGUUGUGUCCUAGCUAAUUUGGCCAAAGGCCUUAUAUAUCUUCCUUCAAUUACACACAUAUAUGCUCUUCAUGUGUCAGCAUAUAUAUGUAUAGCAGCUCAACAUUUGAACCGUGUUUUUUUCAUAUGGAGUAUAUUGCAAUUAAUUUGUGCGGCAAGGCUAGCUUGUAACAGA